UUCUGGAAACCGACCCUCCUUUCUAGAGCCUCCCAGGCCGAGUAGUGCGGACUUUCAGCGGCGAGACUUUCUAUUUUCACUCCGCCGGUAGUCGCCAUGUCCGCCAUAAAAUCUCUGAACCCAAAAGCCGAGGUGGCCAGGGCCCAGGCCGCCCUGUCAGUUAACAUCAGUGCCGCCCGGGGGCUCCAGGACGUGCUGAAAAGUAACCUGGGACCGAAGGGGACCAUGAAAAUGUUGGUGUCUGGUUCAGGGGAUAUAAAGCUGACCAAAGAUGGAAACGUCUUGUUGCAUGAGAUGCAAAUUCAGCACCCAACAGCAUCGCUGAUAGCCAAGGUUGCCACGGCGCAGGAUGACAUUACAGGAGACGGGACCACCUCCAAUGUUCUCAUUAUUGGGGAACUGCUGAAACAGGCUGACCUUUACGUGUCAGAGGGUCUUCAUCCCAGAAUCAUCGCUGAGGGCUUUGAGGCAGCAAAAGAAAAAGCCUUGGCUGUGCUGGAGGACUUGAAGGUGACACGGGAAAUGGACAGAGAAAUCCUCAUCGAUGUUGCACGCACCUCCCUCAGGACCAAGGUCCAUGCAGAGCUGGCAGACCUGCUCACUGAGGCUGUAGUAGAUGCUGUGCUCGCCAUUAAUAAGCCCAAUGAACCUAUCGACUUGUACAUGGUUGAAAUCAUGGAGAUGAAGCACAAGACCGACUGCGACACCCAAUUGAUCAGAGGUUUGGUCUUGGACCACGGUGCCCGACACCCAGACAUGAAGAAGAGGGUGGAGGAUGCUUACGUGCUGACGUGCAACGUCUCUUUGGAGUACGAAAAGACAGAGGUCAACUCUGGCUUCUUCUACAAGAGCGCUGGGGAGAGGGAGAAGCUCGUGGCAGCAGAGAGGAAGUUCAUUGAGGAUCGUGUGCAGAAGAUCAUUGCCCUGAAGAACCAAGUCUGUGCCAGUGGGGAGAAAGGUUUUGUCGUCAUUAACCAGAAGGGUAUUGACCCAUUGUCCCUGGAUGCCCUUGCCAAGGAAGGUAUUGUUGCCCUGCGCAGGGCAAAGAGGAGGAACAUGGAGAGACUCACCCUUGCUUGUGGCGGCAUUGCCAUGAACUCAGUGGAUGACCUCACACCUGAGUGCUUGGGACAAGCUGGGCUGGUCUAUGAACACACACUGGGAGAGGAGAAGUACACAUUCAUUGAGAAGUGUGGCAACCCUCGCUCCGUUACCCUGCUGGUGAAGGGACCCAACAAACACACCCUCACACAGAUCAAAGAUGCCAUAAGGGAUGGUCUGCGGGCAGUCAAGAACGCCAUUGAAGAUGGUUGUGUCGUGUCCGGCGCUGGUGCGUUCGAGGUUGCUGUGGCAGAUGCUCUGGUAAAACACAAGCCCAAUGUUAAAGGUAGAGCCCAGCUCGGAGUCCAGGCGUUUGCAGAUGCUCUCCUGGUCAUCCCCAAGGUUUUAGCCCAGAACUCUGGCUAUGACCCCCAGGAGACCCUGCUGAAGCUGCAGACAGAGUACAAAGAGUCUGGUCAGCUAGUUGGUGUUGACCUUAGCACAGGGGAACCAAUGGUGGCAGGAGACGCAGGUGUAUGGGACAAUUACAGCGUCAAGAAACAGCUUCUCCAUUCAUGCACGGUGAUUGCCAGCAACAUCUUGUUGGUGGAUGAGAUCAUGCGAGCUGGAAUGUCUUCUCUCAAAGGUUAAAGGUCAACUGAAGAACGUGCAGCUGUUUUCAUACUCGCAGGGAUAGUUGUUUACCUGACGGGUCAGUCAACGUGUUCCCGCUCUUGGCACUCAGAAGAACCCCAGUCUGAUGGACAGCUUGCUGUAACCUCCCACAGCAUCCAUCACAUCGUCUGUCAGAAUCACUCGUUAUGCUAGUCAUGAGUCAUUUUUUUUCAUGGAUUUGUCAAUGCCUCCCUCCAAAAUGAUUAGUUUAUUUAUGAGAUUUUGUUAAAAAAAGCACUGUCCUCUACCACUCGGUUUUGUUUCCAUUCAUUAAAGGUUUUCUUGGCUCUGAAAA